AUGUCCACAGAUCUGAUCAUCCGAAGCCGGAGGCCUGCUUGGGACCAUCAGGCGCGGUUUGGUCACCCGACUGCUCGAGACAUUGCGACACCCAACACACGCAACAGCCAACGCCUCACCUGUAUAGCACAUACAGAGGCUAGUAUAGGCUCCGGACCCGACAACCACGGCGAGGACAUGGACUGGGAGUUCAACUCCCCCUCGCAGCAACAGCAGCAGCGCAAGCACCGCCGCUCGGGCAACACUGGAGGAGUGAACCCGUUCAUCACCUCCUGUAGAGGUAGAGGAGAUCGGAGCUCGCUCGGUUACCGCAAGGGGAAUUAG